GAAAAUUUCUCAAAUUUUUAUUUUUGUGCUUUUAAAAUUUAUUUUUUUCAAGUUACUACUUAUUGGUGUUGAGAUUAUGCAUUCCUAAUCUAUAUUUUAAAUAAAUUUUGGAGAGAGGAGUCAUUUGAAUAGGUGUAUUGACUGAAUUAUGGAAACCUUGCCCUCCAUCAUUUCAUGUAGGAAAGAUUUGAUAGGGCUGCAGUCCUAUCAAAAUAAGUAAAGUUUCGUCUCAUAACUCAUAAAACAGCGUAAUUCAAGUAUUGAAAGACCUUGGCAUGUAUGGGUCAUCUAGGAUUUAAAGUUCUAUAAAUAGUGUACCUUGUAACAUAUUAUUUAGAUUUUUUAUUUAAAAUAUAAAGGUUCAAUGAUCUGCAAGAUCUAUAUUUUUUUUUUUUUUUUGAGUUUUCAAUUUUAUUUUCGGUGUUGAAAAUGGAUUUUAGACCCAUCAGAUUUCCAUCGUUAAAAGUGUUUUCCAAAAAAAAAUUUGACGUGAGGCUUUAUUUUGUUUUCAUAAAGCCCGGGCUUUACAGAAACUUCAUCGUUUCAUGUAUAAUAUACUCCACACAAUUAGGAUAAUGAUAUGCAGAGACAAUGGAGGAGUUCCAUCGCUUUGCCUCGCAAUCUGCAACAACAAUGGCUUCUCUCCGCAUAAACCCCAUAACUCCCAUUCUCUCUAUCAAGAAGCCGAAGACACAAGGCCUUUUGAAUCAAACUGACCCAAAAACUUAUCUCUCCAGAAUUCUUCUCCAUAGAAAUCUUCUCUCUUGGACACCUCUGUUUGGGGCAUUUCCCCCACAAAACAGUUUCUCUAGAAAAGCUCCAAAGGCUGAAUUUUUCCAAGAGAGCUUUCACUCUGUAAACCUUAUAUCUAGGAGAGCUCUAAUUUCUUCUUUUCCAAUCGGUCUUGCGGUAGUUUCACCUGGAGUUUUGCAGGCCCGAGAACGCAGGAACAGGAAAAACAUCCCUCUGGAAGACUACCAAACCAGUGCUGAUGGACUGAAGUACUUCGAUCUUGUUGAGGGAAAUGGCCUUAAAGCUGAAAAAGGCUCUACUGUUCGGGUUCAUUUUGACUGCAUCUACCGUGGUAUUACGGCUGUCUCAAGUCGUGAAUCAAAACUACUAGCUGGUAAUCGCAUUAUUGCUCAGCCGUAUGUGUUCACGGUUGGGGCUUCUCCAGGCAAAGAACGAAAGCGGGAGUAUGUUGAUAAUGCAAAUGGUCUCUUUUCCGCUCAGGCUGCGCCUAAACCCCCACCAGCUAUGUACUCAAUUACUGAGGGAAUGAAAGUAGGAGGGAAGGUGAACAGGACUGUGAUUUUGCCACCGGAGGCUGGGUAUGGUCAGAAGGGGAUGAAUGAAAUUCCGCCAGGGGCCACUUUCGACUUAAAUGUGGAGUUACUAGAUGUCCUAACACCACCAACAAAGUAGGGCAAUUUAUACCCUCUUGAUCUGCCUUGUGGCCGCGUAUUUCGCUGAACUUCCCUUUAUACAAUCCUAUAGGGGUCAGACUGUUCAGGAAAUUUUGGGUUUGUCAAUGUUGCCUUGAUUCAUUUAUUCAUUUUUGCCAAUUCACUUGUUCAUUUGAAAGAUGUAAAGAGAUGCUUUCUAGAGGCUCAAUGGACCUUAUUCCCAAUGCUACAUUACCAACAUGAAUUCAAAGUUACAUGGAUUUGAAAAAACCAGUGUUCAAUGA